GAUGGUGGUGUGUUGAAGCAGAUUUUGGUCGAAGGGACCGGAGAGCACCAUCCUUCUAAUCAUGAUACAGUAUUUGUGCACUAUGUUGGCACGCUUGAAAAUGGCGAAGAGUUCGAUUCGAACCGCCAUGGAAAAGAACCGUUCAGUUUCACUUUGGGCAAGGGACAGGUUAUUAAAGGCUGGGAUCUUGGCGUUGCCACCAUGAAGAAGGGUGAAAAAUGUUUGCUGACCUGCCGAGCUGGUUAUGCUUAUGGUGAUGGCGGUAGCCCGCCAAAAAUUCCUGGCGGUGCUACACUCAAAUUUGAGAUAGAGUUGCUGCGCUGGCAAGGCGAAGACAUCUCGCCAGAUCGCGAUGGUUCAAUCACUCGAUCUGUUAUUGUGCCGGGUGAGAAAUAUACAAGCCCUACCGAAGGCGCUACGGUGAAAGUAUGCGCUGUUGGAUCGUAUGAGGGACGAGUUUUUUACGACAAGGAAGUGUCUUUUGUCGUGGGCGAAGGUACAGAGGCAGGCCUUCCAGAAGGCGUCGAUCGUGCUGUCCGUCGUUUCAAUAAGGGGGAAAAGUCGAGCAUUCAUUUGAAAGGGAAGCGAUUCACAUUUGGUGACAGUCCACCACCGCAGUACAAUUUGCCGCCGAAUGCUGAAUUGGAUUUCACUUUGUUUCUCAAGGAGUACGAAAAGAUGAAAGCUCCAUGGGAGUUGACAGGCCCGGAGAAGCUUGACGCUGCUGAGGCUGUGAAAGAGCGCGGGACAAUGUUCUUCAAGCAAGGUAAGCUACGACUGGCUGCUGCCAAGUAUGCGCGCAUUAUUGAACUUCUGGAAUACGAGAAAUCUUUCGAAAAUGAAGCCAAGGAAAAACGCGAUGCACUUCUUCUUGCCGGCUAUUUGAACAGUGCGCUUGUUUCUGCGAAACAGAAUGAAACAGUGGAGUGUAUCAAAAACUGCGACAAAGCACUUGAAGUGGAUCCGAAAUGCAUCAAGGCCCUCUAUCGCAAAGCUUUCGCGUUGCAGGAGCAAAAUGAUAUUGAAGAGGCGGUUGCUGUAUACAAAAAAGUGCUCGAGUAUGAACCACAGAAUAAGGCAGCAACAACUCAGAUAGUUGCAUGUAAGAAAAAGCUGGCAGAAAUUCGUGUGCAGGAGAAAAAACGAUACAAAGGAAUGUUCGAGAAAUUUGCUGCUGAAGAAAGGGUGUGUGGUUGA